AUGGCUCCUAAUAAGCGGAAGCCCUUGGGGCUUGAAGUGCCCCGUACGGCAGCUACCCUCGAAUCGCCGCCCGGCAUUGCGGCGCUGUUCGCAAUCCGCUUCGAUAUCAAGACUGGAUACGUGAUCGCCUGGAAGCGCUCUAUCUCAGAUGUUGAGGUCGAAGGUGUCGUCGAAUACAAAUCGCUCCCCUCAGGCUUGCAUAAUGUCGCAGAGGACCUGGUGUACUUCGUUCACGAAGAGUAUGCCGGUCUUAGCGCAUUCAUCAACCUACCCGCGGAGGAAGCCGAACGCAAUGCGAAGAUGUUUGCUGUUGGUGUUUUGGUUCCAUUGAGUUUCGGAAGACUGGGAAAGAGCUGGAGGCAUAUCCCGAAACUCAAGGAGUUGGUGCAACAAUACGCCCAAGAUAUGUCCAACAGCAAGCCAUUAGACGAAUACUGGGACACAUAUCAAGUUCGGGGCCCCGAUGUAUUACCGCCUGAGUCGCCGCUCGACUCCCCGAUCAGCGUCCGGUUCAAUCGGCCUGACCCCUCGCAUCGCCACCGCGCCUUCAGCGACGCCAUGGUGUUGGAAUCGUCCUCGAGGCCGGCCUUGACACCAUUCCACCCAGCGUCUUCCCUUUCACAUUUCGUCGAUUCUUUCGGACCUUUGAUAUUCCCACUAUACAGAGCUGCACUGCUGCGCAAGAGAAUCUUGCUCAUGACUGAAGCGCCGGUACAUGAGCCCUGUAACUAUGUAUACGAUCUUUCCUUACUAGCCUCCUUACCCAAUUCCGUCCUUCCUCUCCUUCCUCCGCAUAAUCUACCCACCCCGCGGCCCCGUCCACUUUUCAACGUCGGCAUCCAUGAUAUUCCAUACCUCUCUUCGUUUAUCGGGUGCAGUCCCCGCGACAGCGAGCGGGAUUCGGCCUGGAUUGCCUGCUCAACCGACAGCGUCCUGGCUAUGAAACCAGAACUCUUCGACGUCCUGGUUACAGUACCGGCUCCCUAUACCAAGGACGCGGCGGAGAGAAUAUACCCCAAGAUUACGGUGCAGGCACCUUCGAAACCGGGAAUCGCCUCAAUUCAAACCGAGCUGAGAGCCACACAACGAGACGCUCGUCGUUACACUAGGCUCCGUCAGGGACUGCGCCAUCUCUCCCGCGACGAAAACUCGCAAGUAGUAGAUCCCAAUGACGAUGGUGCCAGUCUCAACGACGCAGUCGACGAUAACUCUGACACAGCCUCAACCUUCUCAUCCAGCCCAGUCAUCGAGCCCUUGUCGUGGGCCCAACUCGCCUACACCUCGUUUAUUUGGUGGGCAUCAGCGGGCGAGAAGCGCGAAGGUCUGUCAGAAGAAGAGGAAGAGCAGCAAAUUGAGCAAGAUACACGUCUUUUGGCUAGUGUGGAGAACCUCUCCCACCCCGAUCAGCAACCGGGAAAUACAGAGAAGCAACCGCCGGAGGUCGCCCUGGUGGCAUACUUCCGCCGUCUGACGGCGCAGAUCUUCAUUAUUCUCGCGGACGUUGUCGCGCGACAUGACAGUGACGGACAGGAGUCUGUAGACGAUGACUCUCAACCUUACCACGAUGAACCUGACGAUGAAGGCGAUGCGAACCCGUCUGUCACUGUGGCACGUCAAUCAACACAAGAAGGCGAUGAUGAUCAAUCCCCUCUUCUCCAACCUGGCCGUAACGACAAGGAUGGCGAAGACAUCUACGAUCCCAACACCGUGAUUAUCACCACGGAAGACAUGACGGAAAUGGGCCUUGACGUCUGGAGUGCCACGGAUCGUGUUUUCGCAGAGGAAUUGGUGCGUUUAUGGUGGAGUCGUCAAGCACGGGUUGAUAGUGCUCGGAUCAGAUGUUGUGGGAUUACGAUUCUGUAG